CAGGUUCAACAUUCUUCUUCAUCGCUGAGUCGAAGGCUUCACAGACGGAACGCUGCAUGUUUCUCUUUGUCCCUCCGACAGUCAGCAGCCUUAAAAACAUCAGUUUCCUCCAUGAAUCAAAUGUUCUGCAACAGACAAAGAGACACACAAGGCUCUGAGUGUGAAGCAAAAUAAAUCUAGUCUGACACACGUUACGGAACUUCUGCAGACGAACACGAGGAGUGUCUCCUGCUGAAGCCUGCGGCGGCCAUGUUCUGGAUUCUGAUGUCGUCACAGCCUCCAGACAUACAUGACACUCCCCUGUUCACGACAUUCGCUCCACAUCCUCAUCAUGUGUUAUCAGUGUUAACUGAGAGCGUCCAUACGAGGAUCUGUCCAGCAUGAGGACGUCAGACCAGAUUCAGGGUGUGUCGACGUGAAGACGGGACACAGACACACAAAACCAAAGUGGAAGGACAAAGAAUGACCACAGAUUCCUGGCAAGACCAAGGAGAUGAGACACAAAAACAGACGGACAGAGACACAAAAUGACUGAAGACACAAUGAAACAAAGAUGCAAAACAAAAACAAAGACAGAAACAGACAACAGGGUGGUAGAAAAUACAAAGAGACAUGAAACUCUCAUAAAACAGACAGAAUGAAAAACAAAGAUGCAAAUGGAAAACCAACACACAGAACAACUACAAAGAGAAACAAAACAACUACAAAGAGACACAAAACAACUACAAAGAGAAACAAAACAACUACAAAGAGAAACAAAACAACUACAAAGAGAAACAAAACAACGACAAAGAUAAAACAGGACAGUUAUCGGGACAGUUGUGCUGAUCCGAUCACUGAACUCCACCUCGGAGGUCGACCCUGCAGGUGGAGUGUUUCUGAGUGUGACAGUCUGAGGUGUAACGGACCGAGUUAUUAUUACCUCAGUUAUGUGAUUGAGAGCUCUAAUUUUCAGAACCAGGCGUGACGGGCUGCGGAUCGAUGUCCUCAGCAGUGUUUCUCAUUACGGCUGAGUUCACUGCAGCGCUCACUUUGUUCCACAUUGAUCUCGGUCCAUUUCCAAUUCAGGCUGAUGGUAAUAUCACAUAUUCAUCCAGUCGGCCCGUGAAUCAACGGUUCUGACAGCAGGGCCGAGACUCGCUCCGCUGGCUCCGGGUCCUCGUACCACCAACCGAGCGCGGGUCGAUCAGCCGGUUAUUUCAGGAUCAGUAAAAGAGCAUCCUUCCAGUCUGACUGAAACCUGAUCACAUGUGUAAAUGGAAAAAAUACAGCGGCCGGGUCUCCCUGACGUCACAUCACAUCCAUAUUAAUGCGCGGUGUCUCCUGGGAGGCCGCAGCACGCGACCUGAUGACAGUCUGCAGGUCCAUUAAAGCUGAACGGAACCACACGGAGCUGCAGCACCGCGGAGGCCCGAACUGUGAGAACCAUCAGGCCUGGAUGUCACCGAGGCUCCGAACUUACCAAGUAAAAGGCUUUGUUCUGAUUUCCUGCUGGAUGAACAACAAAGCAUCAGCAGCAUCGUCACCUCACAGAUUCUCGUCCGGGACAGAAAGCGACAACACGAGACUUUCCCGACCCGCUCAUCGACACACUGAUGUAUGAUGGAGGGAUGUAUGAUGGAGGGAUGAUGGAGGGAUGGGACACUCACCUAUGUGGAGAGCUAGAAAGAGAGCGAGGCAUCUGGAGGACCAGCUCUCAGUGCAGAUGUGAGUCAGGAAACAGGAAGUGGAGCGCCGGUCACCUGACCAAUCAGCAGCGGUGUGUCAGGAUGACCUCACAGCCUGACGGUCGAGGUCAGAGGAAGUUCUGCAGCAGAGGAAACAACUUCCCCCAGAAAGUGUUAAAGAGAGAAAAGUACAACUGCAGCAUCACGUUAUGAAAUAUGAAGAUAAAAGAUUCAAACAAAACUGCAGCAUCUCGACUUUAAAUCCACCAGAUGUCAGUUUAAGAGACGACUUCUUAAAAAACAAACUAAUAAGAGUCUCUAACUCGUCAUCGUGUUCCUCUGGUUUCAUCAUCAGUUUGAAUGAUACGCAGAUAUUCAUGAGAACAACUGUGAUACUGAUGAAAACUGAAUCUAUGACAUGCAGAAAGUUAAACGAGAUGCAGGUCGAGUAAUGAAACGUCUGACGUGUUAAAGACAAAAGUGUUUUUUAGAUAAAUGUGAAACAUAGAGAAGACGACGCAGCAGACGGCACUUACAGCUCUGACUUUACCUUUCAUCACAGAAAAGAGUCAAAUCUUUCAAAACUCCAGUUUGAUUUAAAUUCUGAGCAGGACCUCAGCGUCCUGACUUCAAACUGACGAAAACAGAAUUUGAAUAUAAAGUAAAAUCUGAGAACACAAAGAGUUCAUCCAGACGACAAAGUCAGACUUCUGAGAUGAAAAACUUCUGAGGGGAGAAAGUAAAAAUGUUGAGAGAUUUCUGAUUCUUUCUUUAACUUCAACUCAGAAUCAUGUGAGGAAAAGUUCAGAGACAAAAGUCAAAUUUUGUGAUAAAAGGUCUAAUUUCUAACUUUAACUUCAGGAUUCUGAGAAAAAAUGUAGAAAUGUUGAAAGAAAAUUCAGAAUUAUAACUUCAGGGUCAGAAUUCUGAAAACGAGUUUGAAUUGUGAGACAAAAGUCAAAAUAUUGAGAAAAAAAUGUCUAAAUAAGUUCAGAAUUCUAAGAAAUACGUCAAAAUUAUGUGAGAUCACAAUUCUGACAAAACGGUCCAAAGUUUUAGAUAAUUGUGUCGUUCAGAUUCAAACUAAAGUCUAAAUUCUAACUUCACACUCAGAUUCGAUUUUUUUUUUUUUAAUCUAAAUUCUGAGGUAAACCUCAGCAUCCUGACUUCAAACUGAAUAAAAACAGAAUUUGGAUAUAAAGUCAACUCUGAAUUCAGACGAGUCAGAAUUAUGUGAUGAGAAAAAAACGUUUCUGAUUCUCACUUUAACUCUUACUGUGAUAAUGUGAGGACGUUGCAGUUUUGAGACAAAGUUCAAAUUUUGUGACAGAAGUCUAAUUUCUUACUGUAACUUCAGGAUUCUAUGAAAAAACGUCAAAAUGUUGAGAGAAAAUUCAAAGUUCAAAGUUUGAAUUGUGAGACAAAAGUCAAAAUUAUGAGAAAUCACAAAUUUGACGAAACGGUCCAAAGUUUAAGAUAAAUGUCUCGUUGUGGUUCGAAGUCAGAACUCUCAGGAACAGAACGCAGAGCUGGACUCUGAGCCCAGGCAGCGUUCUGUCCGCCUGUCGGGAUAAAAACACGCUGAGAUCAAUACAGUCGAUCGGUUUCAGUUUCAGUACUGGAGUAAAUGUUCUCAGUUACAUCUGACACUGGCUGUGGAGACACACAUGCAGUGGUUUGGUGGUUUUGGUGCAUUCUGGGUAAAAAUAGAAGCUGUGAUGAAGAGCGGACAGAACAUCAUCAUCAUCAGCAUCUGAGGAACAAGUCGACUGGAUCUGUGUGUCACUGAGGAUCAGUACCGGUCCGACCGACCGGGUCAGGGUCACCGCAACACACACUUCCUGUUUGCUCUAUGUGUGUGUGUGUGUGUGUGUGUGUGUGUGUGUGUGUGUGAAAGAGGAAGCAGUGUGUGUAUAUAAACUGAUGCUGAAGUUGAUCCGAUCAUCUUCUGAUCUGAUCGUCAGAGACUCAACAAAUCCUCCUUCAUCUGAGUGACCUCAUCGUGACCUCACUGUGACCUCACUGUGACAUCAUGUCUCGUCCACCCACCCAAUCGGACGCCUUCAGGGGGCGCUACGCUGAGCCGGUGCCGACGUCAAACCUGGGCGCCAUGGAGGACGAUUUUCCAGAGUUUGAGCCGUUUGACGACGAGGUCCAGCCCAGAGGAUUCGUCCCGACCGGCCAGGCUCUGAUGGUGCAGCAGGUCGACAUGUGUCAGCAGAUCAACAAACCCAACCACUACACCACCGCCUACGACACCGGCAACCUGGUGGUGCGCCGCGGCCAGGAGUUCGUGAUCCGAGUCACCUUCAGCCGGCCGCUCGCCGACGGAGACGACUUCCAGCUCGAGUUCCUGAUUGGCUCCAACCCUUCAGCCAGUAAGGGCUCCCUGGUGGUGGUGACCUUCAACUCCCGUCACGGCAGCUCGUGGAUUGGCCAGAUUCUGGAGAUGCAGGGUCAGUCGGUGACGCUGGGAAUCACGCCAACGCCCGACGCCAUCGUGGGGAAGUUUCGUACCUACGUGGCGAUAGCGGCGGGCAGCGGCAUGCAGCGAACCAAGAGGGACACCUCCACCGACCUGUACCUGCUGUUCAACGCCUGGUGUCCAACCGACGCUGUGUUUCUCAGUGACGGAGCCGAGCGGUCCGAGUACGUCCUGAACGACAUCGGUAUUAUCAACCAGGGUUCUGUUGGAGCUGUGUCGUCCCGCAACUGGAUGUACGGACAGUUUGAACGCGGCGUGUUGGACGCUUGUAUUCACAUUCUGGAUGCGUCUCGGAUGCCGAUCUUCAACCGAGGCAACGUCAUCAAACUGAUCAGGAAAGGAUCCGCCAUGAUCAACUCUCAGGAUGAUAACGGCGUGUUGGUUGGGAACUGGAGUGAUGACUACUCCAUGGGCAGGCCGCCGACAUCAUGGACGGGCAGCGUCCAGAUCCUGCUGCAGUACGCCAACACCGGAGUGCCGGUCUGUUUCGCCCAGUGCUGGGUGUUCGCUGGAGUCUUCAACACCUUCCUGCGCUGCCUUGGCAUCCCGUCGAGGGUCAUCACCAACUUCAACUCCGCCCACGACAACACGGGCAACCUGAAGACCGACCUCAUCUUCAAGGCCGACGGCACGCCGGACAGACGCAACACCAGGGACUCCAUCUGGAACUACCACUGCUGGAACGAGGUGUUCACCGUGCGUCCUGACCUGCCCAACGGCCUCGGAGGAUGGCAGGUGGUGGACGCCACGCCCCAGGAGACCAGCGACGGACACUUUCGCUGUGGACCCGCCCCCGUCGCCGCCAUCAAGGAGGGCCUGCUCUGUCACCCGUUCGACUGUGGGUUCGUCUUCGCUGAGGUGAACAGUGACGUGGUCUACCAAAAGAGGGAUCGCUACGGGACGCUGACUCCCUACAGGGUGGACAAGACCUACGUGGGACAGUGUAUCUACACCAAGGCUGUGGGCAGCUCAGGAACCCAUGACAUCACACACACCUACAAGUACCCUGAAGGUAGUGCCGACAACGAGAGGACGAUGAACCGGGCCGAGGAGUACGGCUGUGUGAGGGAUCACUCUGAGGUCGCUGACACCCAGCUGUCCGUCACCAUCAGCUGUGAACAGGUCGGCCUUGGUCACGACGUGAACCUGGUCGUGGAUUUCCACAACCAGGGCGACGUCCCCAGAACGGUCCAGGCGAACCUGUCCGGGUCCAUCGUCUUCUACACUGGAGUCAUAGCCAAUCACUUCAAAGAUCAGCCCUUCAGCGCCACCGUGCCGGCCAAUCAGAAGGAGAGCGUGAUGCUGAUGGUCACGGCUCAGGAGUACAUGCCUCACCUGGGCGCUCAGCUCUGCCUGCACUUUGUCGUGACUGGACAGGCUGACGACCAAUCACUGAUCGCCAGCAAGGUGGUGGACCUGCAGACUCCAGGGCUCCAGAUGCAGGUGAGCGGCUCUCCUCAGGUGCAGCAGGAGAUGGCUGUGACCGUCACCUUCACCAACCCCUUCAGCUUCCCGCUGCAGGACGUCUACGUGGCGAUGGAGGGACCUGGCCUGAUGAACCAAAGGUCACAUUUCUAUAGGGUUAUUGAACCUCAGGCCUCCAUCAGCUGGAGUGAGACGUUCCUCCCUCGACUCCCAGGACCCCGUCGUCUCGUGGCGGUGUUGAACUGCCGCAACCUCCAUCAGGUGUCUGGACUUUGUGACGUCCACAUUGCCGAGUGAGAUGAUUGGUCCACAGAGACGUGACUCCGCCCCCCUCGCUUUUCCUCCACGCUCCCGCCAAUCACAGAGUGCACAGAGGCAACAGUCGGCAUACACCAGACUUCACCAUGAUUCACUUUUCUUCUUUCAUUUCAUUUGCACCAGUGAAGGAAAUUCAAACAUUUGUGUGACAUUUUAACAUGAAAACUGUUUAAUUACAGUAACGACCACAGCUUGAUUACCCUUUAUUAGACUAAAAUCAUCACUUUAAGGAUUUUUAGUACAGAGCCAUUCAAUUUAAACUUUGACUGUAUCAUGGCCAAAAGUAUACGGACAGACAGACAUCUGAUUGAUAAAGAGAUCGUCCUUAUAUUUCUAAUCUUUUCCAGACAAAACCAAAUCAGUUUAAAUAGUUUAACAAAACUUUGGGUGAUGAUGUUUGAAUAUUAAUGAAUUAAUCAGUACAUUCCAAUAAGACUCACUGAUGAAGUGAGUCAUGAGGAUGAAAGCCGGGGCAGAACACAGAUUCUGACCCAGUUGGAGUCUGACAGCAGCUUUCCUCCUCAGACACAACCAGUUUAUAUGAAAUAUUAAUCGAUCAUCACACCCACAGAUCAAUACCCCACAUGCUGGUUUUUAGUUUCUGACUGAAAACAAAUGUGAUUUUAUUUUUAUUCUUUGCUUUUGUGUCUUUAAUUCUUUUUGUUCACACUGAAACUUUCUACAAACAAUAAAAGCAGAUUCAAAACCA